AUGCUACACACGAAGAACAGCGUUUGGCAAGAAGGAGACCUAGCAGGACUUACCAACCCCGCUGCGGUUGACAAAGAACUCCCAGGCACGCGAUGGGAAGGAGCUGCUUAUGACGCAAGACGGUCUAAAUUUCUGGCAAAAAAUGCAGGUAUGGAUUUCGCCGGAAGAAAUGUCGACAACUACGUUUACUUUGCGCUUUGGCAUUACAUGAAAAACCGAUGGGAUAUCGACGCCAUCUCGCCGCCGGGUGAAUGGAAGAACUACCCAACCGGGCACUCGGCUGGCUACACCGACUACCGUAACGGGAUCACCACCCUGCCGGAGGAUGCGUACGUUGCUCAAAUCAACCAGACGCUCAUCGACAACGGAGGGUUUGUGACCUACGGUGGCAACGAUUGCGAUGUCGACUCAGAUUGUGAUGAGUUUGUCUACCGGACGAGCAGUCGUCCUGCUACGGUGAAGAGCUGUGCGAUGGUGUUGCUAGACUAUGCAUGGAGUUUGUUUCAUUUCAUGGGAUCUCCAUCGAUCCACGGCUUUCUUGUUUGCUUCCACAAUCGAGAGAUGGCUAAGGAAAGAGACGAAAAUGCCAGGUUGUCCGAAGAGUGA